AUGUCAAUAUCCCAUCUCCCCUAUCCGCGCCCUCAAUACACCAGGCGCAUAUUGAACACAGCUCUCUCCACAGCCUACAAUGCCCCACCAAGGUCACAAAGACGACCCCUCUCCUCCCAGACACCCAGCACCUCAGCGCGUCUCACCGGCCGGACCUGUAUGAUCACAGGCGGGACAUCAGGAAUUGGAUUCGCAAUCGCAAACCGAUUCCUCCAAGAGGGCGCAGAGCGCAUCAUCCUCGUCGGACGAUCGUACGAGCGUCUCCUCAAAGCCGCCACCAGACUCCAAGUCAAUGACGAAGGCGCCCGAAACCAAGAAGCGGCUGAUGAAACCGUACGAAAGUCACAGGGAACUUUAGUCGAAUCAUCGGAUAGAAUCAGUCUCCUUGUGGGUGAUGUAUCGGAGGCUGGGUCGUGGCUGCGUGAGCUAGAGAAGGCGAUGCAACCCGUCGAUAUCCUAAUCAAUGCAGCUGGGAUCUCUAACUCCAAUAUUCUUCCCAAGACAUCUCCUGAGGAAGUCUCACAAACCCUCCGGACAAAUCUUGAAGGCGCGAUCUUCACAUCUCGCGCUCUUCUCCGUGCUUCUCUCCGUAACAGGUUAAAGGGCCGAACCGGCGAGACCCGACCCCCCUCGAAAUGUAUCAUAAACAUCUCGUCAUUACUAGCGCUGAAAGGUGGAACCGGCGCGGUCUCAUACGCUGCUUCGAAGGCGGGACUUCUUGGUCUCACCCGGUCAUUAACAGUUGAAGCGACUGGUUCUCUGCGUAAUGUGGUUGUGAGGUCGAAUGCGAUUGUGCCGGGGUAUAUUGAGACGCCGAUGAUUGCGGAUUUUAGCGAGGGCCAGAAUGAGAGGUUAAAGGAGAGCAUUCCGCUGGGUCGGUUUGGGGCGCCAGAGGAGAUUGCGGAUGCGGCAGUGUUUUUGGCGGGCAAUGAGUAUGCGAAUAACUGUGUUAUUAAUUUGGAUGGGGGAUUGAGUGCUGUGUAA